UUGAGUUUUCGUUUUGAAUGGUGGAAUCGGGCCGGAGUUAUUUUUCACUGUUAGCAAUGUAGAGAUGGCAGAAACACUCAACCUGUCUGCUUCAGACCAUUCGAGUCUCGACCACAGCGGGUCCAGCCGGAGCGGCAACAGGAGUUUGAGGAUCGCAGAGAAGCAGAAGAGGAAAAAAGAGGCGGAGGAGCCAUUUGUUGUGGCCCUGAGGUACUUCGCCGACGUUGAGGCCGGGACUCCGGUGGCCGGGAACGAUGAAUUUGAGAAGAACAUGGAGCUGGUGGAGGAGGAGGCCUACAGCAGAGGGCUUUCCCCUGAGGCCAUUUCUCUCAUGCUGGAGUUUGCCAUGAGUCUGCGAAUGGGGAAUACUCCAUGUGCGCGGGUGCUGAAGUUUCUGAUCCCGGCUUCUGUGGUGCCGCAAGACGCCGUUGUGAGGGCGGUGGUUUGGCUGACUGUUGGGAAAAUACCUGCAGGCACUCGGGUUCUUUUCUUAAAGUGGUUUUUGACCAUGUUUGACAUGAUUGAUGGAAAGGACCAGCUUCGAGCUAUUUAUGGCUUCAUCUUCAGCUUCAUCAUGGAUGAAAAUAUGUGCCCUUUUGUCUGCCAUCUAUUGUACCUUCUGACCCGAAAGGAAAGUGUGCGAGUCUUCAGAGUCAGGAAGCUACUGGAGCUGCAGUCUAAACUGGGAAGGCAGCCUUUCCUCCUGCACCUGCUGUCACUUUACAAAGUGUUUUGUCCCGAGCUGGUGACACUCUCCAUCCCGUCCAGAAUGAGGACUGGAUUUAGAAACCACAUUUCCCCCUGGAAAUCAGCAUUGAUCGCCGUCCAGAAGAGGAACAGUGUGCAGGUCGCUCCGAGCAUCAGUCUGGCUUUCACAAAUAAGGAGAAGAGCAGUUCUAGAAAGAGGAAACACGACCACCUGGAGUUGCCAGCGUUGAGCGCGGUGGUCAACAGGGAGCCUCAGACUGAGCUGUUCUGCAGCAGAAAGGUGGUCCCCAUGGCGCAGAUCCGCUCCUUUGAUCAGAUGUUAGAAAACAUGCACCGCAUCGAGCUGCCUGCUCAGAUGGGCUCGCUGCUGGAUUCCAGUCUGGCCCUGCAGUACCUGGACUGUGUGCAGGACGAGUCUGCCCUCCUACGCCUCAAUUUCUGGCUGGGCUACGCUUUACAGGAAGAAUUCCUGUUUGCUGGUGACGGAGGUUCCUCUCAGAAUUCAGCGGAAGCUUUGCCGUUUUUGAACAAGUUGCUGUCUGCACAGCACUUCCUCCAGGAGGGGUUUUCCAGCACAGAAGCGUUCCUCUACAAAUUCCUCAAGGUCUGGGAUGGUUCCCUACUCCGUCCGCAGAUCCUCAGCCUCCUGAGCAACAUCCCGGUCGUCCCCAGUUCCCAAAUGGGAAGGCUUCUGUUUGAGCCCCUGAUGCAGCUCUUCUUCACCUCCUCCCUCUUUUUCAAGUGUGGACUGAUGGAGUGCCUAAACAACAUGCUGUCCAAGUGGUUGACCUGGCACUCGGUGUACGCUCUGGAGGACGAUCUGGACAUCAGCCUCAACAGUCACACCUCCACGAACAUGACUCUGACGGGGUUCAAGGAUUCGGUGAUGGAGCUGAUUAACUUUGUCGGUCGGCUGGCGUCCGUGGGCCUUCAGCUUGAAAACAGUCACACUCUGCUCCUCAGCUUCGUCCUGGACUUUUAUGAGACGGUGUGUGACACGUUCCUCAAAUAUGGCCUCCCCCUCGUGGUGCUGCCUCCACCUGGGGUUUUUUACCCGGCGCUGUUCGCCACGGACCCGGUCAGCGUGGACAGACUGGCCCACAUCAUGAACAGGUACAAAGUGAGCUUGACAUCAGCCAAGAGUCAGGAGAAACUGGGGGAGCAGUCUUUUCGCGUCAGCCGGCAGACCUUCCACGAGUUCAAUCAGUACCUGAUCAACAUGGUGAACUGCCUGUGGAACUCCAAAAUGUUUGAGCCGGGCAUGGGGGUGCAGCUGGGGGAGGAGCUGCUGCUCAGGAGCGGCGUCCCAGAGCCCUGGACCAGCUUCAGCUUCAUCCACCACCCGGCCUUCAUGGGCUACGCCUUCAACUUCCACCAGAGGUGCUGGCCGGGCAGGAAGGACACGGACCUUAACUCCAUAAAGCACCCCAAGCCGUGGAGCUGGUACGUGGAGUAUCUAAUGAACCAGGGCUACGACGGCCUCAAACACUUUGUGCAGUGUAACCUCACACUGCCGCCUGGAGCCGGCGACGGGCCGGACAAGUAGCGCAGAAGGACAACAGCCGUUUGGACCCCACCCGGUUUUUUUCAGAGACUUGUACAUAAAUCAUCUCCUCAGUUUUUUUUAGUGUGCUAUUUACAAAUGAUCCAUAUUUGCUUUGUAUGUACAUAGAUCUGAUCUGAGUGCUUUUUUUUUUUUUUAGUAAACUUGUCUGCUCAUCAGUAACAGACCAUACUGCCUCCUUGUGUUACGUUGCAGUACAGCUUGCACAUUGUUUGAAAAAAAUAAGUGUAAAGUGUUUUACUUUUACUUUAGAAGCAAACGCAAUUGAGCUGUUAAUUCUCCGUUGCAUACGCUGUACAUACAUACACACAACUCGACGAGAGGUUUUUCCCACAGCCAAAAGGUCACCGAGGACGUGAAAGAAAACCUGCCAACAAGUCAACAAGUUGAUCUCAAAAUCAGUGGACGGACAUUCAAGAAGUGACAUCACUUGUACACGGAUGGAUAAAAACAUGGUUGUAAAAUAAAUAUGUA